CCUUGCGAACCAGGGUGGAGCUGGGUCCAGAACCGUUACCGCGUUCUUGCUGCCAGUGCUUACCUGGCUCAGAAACGCUGCCAUGGACCCCCCGGAGAACUACAGUGGCUUCACCAGGAAUCAUAGCACCAUGGCCUUAAGAAUCCACAGCACCACGGACACCCUGGUGAUGAUUUCGUAUCUCUUACUGGUCCUGGUCUUCGGGCUGUGGGCUGUGCUGUCAAGUAGCCGUGGGACGGUAAAAGACUUCUUCCUGGCUGGCCAAAAUCUGUCAUGGUGGUUGAUGGGCAUCUCCAAUUAUUCUGCAAAUAUCAGCAGUGGCCACUUUAUGGGCCUGGCCGAGAUAGGUGCAGCUUCAGGAAUUGCUGUUGGGGCCUUUGAGUGGAAUACUAUCUUUAUGUUCUUUGUCCUUGGUUGGAUAUUUGUUCCUAUCUAUAGCAAGGCUGAGGUGGUGACGUUGCCAGAGUACCUGCGGAAGAGGUUUGGCAGCCUCCGGAUUCAGCUGUGCUCCUCUUGCUUCUUCUUACUCCUCUACAUCUUCAGCAGGACCUCGAUGGAGAUCGGCUUUGGUGCCAUGUUCUUGAAAAUGGUCUGGGACACAGAUAUUUACCAGACGAUGCUGGUUGUGCUGACCAUUACGGGCAUGUAUACCAUCACAGGUGGCCUGACGGCUGUGGCCUACGUAGAGAACUUACAAGCUGGUAUUAUGAUUGUGGGCUCAGUCUUGUUAAUGUGUUAUGUCUUCCGUGAAGUUGGAGGAUAUCGGGGACUGGUGAAAAAGUACUUCCAAGCCAUCCCAAGUAAGACCCAAGAGGGAAACUGGACUGCCAAGACACAAUGCUACAUGCCUCGUCCAGAUGCUUUCCACAUCUUCCGAAGUGCCGUCUCUGGGGACAUCCCCUGGCCUGGACUCGUCUUAGGUGCUACUACUGUCUCUUUGUUCUAUGGGUGUGCUGAUCAGGUUUCUGUCCAGAGGUUCCUAGCAGGAAAGAGCAGACUUCACAUGAAAGGUGGCUGCCUCUUAUAUGGGUACCUGAAGCUGCUGCCCAUGUUCCUCAUGGUGAUGCCAGGGAUGAUCAGCCGCAUCUUGUUCCCAGACCAAGUGGCAUGCGUUGUACCUUCAGAAUGUCAGAAGUUCUGUGGCAGACAAACUGGCUGUAGUGUCCUGGCUUACCCAGUGCUGGUGAUAGGAGUGGUGCCUUCUGGCCUAAAAGGCUUUAUGCUGUCCACAGUAUGUGCCUCCGUCAUGUCCUCCCUGACUUCCAUCUUCAACAGCUCCAGUGCCCUGUUCACGCUGAACAUUUACACCUGGAUUCGGCCCACAGCCACUGAAAAGGAGCUCAUGGUGGCUGGAAGAUCCCGAGUCCUGAGGGGAGGGCUUGAUGAAGGCAUCCCAUUCAAGACUGAGUGCUCCAAAUCCCCCACUCUCUCCAUGUUGUCCAGCUGUGGGUCUUGGUUCUUUGUUAUAAUCUUAUUUGCUAUCACCGUCGUCUGGGUCCCCAUUAUAGAAAUGGCAUCCAGUGAGACACUGUUUGAGUACAUGCAGGUUCUUAAGAGCUGCCUGACACCAAGCAUGACUGCUGUCUUUCUGCUGGCUGUAUUUUGCAAGAGAGUCAAUGAGCAGGGCGCCUUCUGGGGGCUGAUUUUUGGGACAUCAAUUGGCAUCGUUCGACUGCUGGCUGAGUUUUUCUAUGGAUCCGAGACCUGUGAGGAAGGCAGCAAGUGCCCAAUGCUCAUCUGUAGCCUUCAUUACCUCUAUUUUGGCUUUUUACUUUUCCUCAUUACUCUCCUCAUCGUACUGGCCAUCUCCCUAGCCACAAAACCAAUUCCAGAUAGACAUCUCCAUGGUCUCUGCUGGAGUUUACGUAACAGCCGACAGAGGAGGGUGGCCUUAGAGAAAGAGAUGAGGUGGACGAUGUUCCCCAGCGCCACAUUCCAGCAAGGUAUGUUUGGGGAGACCCAAAGCUGUUUCUGGAAGUCCUGGGACUUGUUCUGUGGUCUUGACAAACAGUCAAACUCUAAGAUAGGCCCUGAGAUUGCCACUGAGGAGAAGAUAAAGGCAUCCUGGGAGCAGAUGGGGUCCAGUGGGAUGCCAGCCGACCUAGAGGCUCUGGCCAGGAAAACUGCAACCAGAAAGGAAGAGGAACAUACAGAGAAGAUGAGAGACUGGAGUAGCAUGCCAGAGAGCCUCCUCUGGAAGAGAGUCGUGAAUGCUGUCGGGAUCCUUUUGUUUGCGCUUCUCAUUCUUGUUCAUAUCUAUUUUGCUUGAUGACUCGAGGGUUGCAGCCUUUCCCGGACUGCCUCAUCGUGAAGGGAUGAAGUGUUUCCUUUGGAGAGACCCAAGAGGAUGGGGCCGAAGACCAUACCAAUGAAAGCGCCCUCUCAGUGUGUGUCAAGCACUAACAGCUGCCAUAUAUGCAUGGCCAAGAGACAGAGGAUGACCCUGUGUUUACAGACUGUGCCAGGGAGAACAUCUGUUCCUCUCAAUGACUGCACUGCAUAAACACUGAAUUUCCUUUCAAA